GAUAACAGUGUUAGAAGGCAAAGAGACAGCUGUGAUUUUUCACACUGCAGCUAUAAAAGAAUGCAGGCAAAUCACAGCAAAAAAGUUUUUGAAUAGGCUGUCACUGGCAUCUUCUUCGUCUCUGUAUUAAAGUUUUUAGCAAUGUUGCUGAAGUGUACAGUGCUUCCCCUCCUGGCGAUUAUGGUUGGAUAUGCAACCGGGUCUAAAAAAGAAUGUCCACCAAAAGAAUCCAUUUCGAAAUGCUUUUGUGUUCCCAAAAAGGAAGGUCCCCAGGUGGCAUGCCAUGGCCUAGAAAGCGAUACAGAGCUGAAUAAAGUUUUGAAUAACCUUAAAGGUUACUAUCUACAUCAGUUGGAGAUAACAAAGCUUAACGCUUCUUCUUUGCCUACAGAAAUGUUUAAAGGUCUUGAAAUAGAAGAAUUUGUUGCAGAGAAAGUAGAAGUCGAAGAUGCCUCUCUCCGUAGAGGGCGUCGUCAUUUCCAAGGAUUGGAACAGUCUUUACAAAAGCUGGAGAUAAGAAAGAGUUUCCGAGGCAGUCGUCAACUAGUUAACCUACAGCUGGACCACUUGAAAAAACUAGAUGUUAUUAUUUUGGAGGACAAUGGUAUACCUGAAGUAGGCAACGACUGGUUUACUGAAGGUCCCGAAAAACUAAGCGUACUUAUCUUCGAACGCAACGGUAUUGAGGUGCUGGGAGAUAGCGCAUUUCGUUCUUUAAAGAAUCUGAGAUUGCUAGCUGUGGCUGGCAAUGACAUUAACACCUUAUCUAGAUCGAUGUUCCCACAACCAGCCACUCAGUUGAAGACACUAGAUCUAGCGUACAAUAAAAUUCGACAGUUACCGAAAGAUAUGUUCUCUGAAAUGCCAGCCCUAAGAGACGUAAAUCUAAAUUCUAAUCUUAUUCAUGUAAUAAAUGAAGAUACGUGGUCACCUGUGUUAUCUAGGCUAAACAGCCUUUCCUUAGAAGCCAAUCCAAUAAACUGUAAUGCAGAUAUCUUCUGGGUUUGUCAGAUUAACAUUGAAGCUGUUUCUGCUAAGUGUCAAGCUCCCGCAGCAAAGAGAGGAACACCACUUGAAGAAUUCUGCAAAGUCUGAUAACGCUUUCAAUUUUUGUUUCUGAAAUAACAGAAAAAUCUAAAUAAAUUAUUUAUUGCACUUUG